CCGGUCGUCGUACGUCCAAGCUACAUAUAUAUACGGGAAAAAAAUGAGCGGCGCCAGACGAGCUCCAGCCCUCGCGGCGGCGCUGCUGCUGCUGCUGGUGGCGUCGCCGCCGGCCUCUGCCGCCGCGACGCUGCAGUGCGCGCAGGUGGCGCAGCUCAUGGCGCCCUGCACGCCCUACCUGACGGGCGCGCCCGGGAUGACGCCCUACGGCGUCUGCUGCAACAGCCUGGCCGUGCUCAGCCAGCUCGCCGCCGCGCGCGCCGACCGCGUCGCCGCCUGCGCCUGCGCCAAGGCCGCCGCCGCGGGGCUCCCGGCCGCCGUCGACUUCGCGCGCGCCGCGGGGCUCCCCGCCGCCUGCGGCCUCUCCAUCAGCUUCACCAUCUCCCCCGACAUGGACUGCAACCAAGUUACAGAGGAACCAUGACGCCAACCGGACCCGAGACAACACACGUACGUCUUCCAACGAAAUAAAAUGAGCAAAGCUACACCGGCCGGCUGUGGGUCUUGCUCUUCUCUUUUAUUAAUUCCUUCAGGUCAUCCCCUCUCUGUCUCUCUCUCUCUCUCUCUCUCUCUCUCAAACCAAAAGGUUUUUCCGUUCAGGUUGAAAUUUUGAGUGUUUCUCAUUCCUGUGGAUUUAAACUGUAUGAUCGAUCCGGUGCGUGCUUUUCAAUUCCAAGCAACCGCAGCCGCAGUAGAUGAAGUUCAAAUUUCUAUUUUACUGAGAAAGCUCCAAAUCCACGAGAACAACGUAUUGUUCAAGCUCCUACCAGGUUUAAUUUUACAGCAACCGAAUGCACGAACGGCACAGAUGAAACGACAGAACAGGACACACUGCUGACGAGACAGCGAAAUGAACAGCUAGCUCUCGAAGUGUGUAACACCCACUUUGUAAUUUGUUAGAAAUAAUAUCAACAGAGAAAUAAUUUCUCCU